UAGCAACAAAAAUUUACUUUGUCAGUUACAAGCGAAUUAUAACACUAAAAGCUAUUACAGUAAUUUGCAACAAUUUAACAUAGAUUUAAGAUAACCAAGAUUACUGAAGAACACUGAGUUCAGUCUGAUGUAGAACUAGCCUUACUCUAUUGUGAGUAGCCUAUCUAUGUAUAUGUUCAACCCAUUGUUACUGCCUAAAUUACCUAAACUUGACCCAUUUAAAACUGUGAAUUGUUAUUCAUAGCGUAGUCUUCGCUGGAGUGUUAACCAGUUAGUCGGGCUUUUGGAUUUUUUUAAUUAAUCAAUUUGGUGAUCGAUAACACAAGUCUUGAAUUUGUAAGGUAGUUACAAAAAUCACCUGGAUAUAUCAAAGUACCGUCAAUUCUGUGACAUGUUACUAAGGGAAAUAUUGAAAGCAAUGAUUUUUAAUUGCUGGCUAAGGAAUUUAAUCUUAUUAUUAAACUACAGUACCUGUCGAACUGACGUUCAAGAAGAUGCAGUACAAGAAAAUGUAACGAUGACAAAAAUACUGCCGAAGGUAACAGGAAAGUUUCAUACGACUAUGAAAGCAGUCGGCUUAUAUCAAUAUUUGCCAAUAUCUGAUAAGAACAGCCUUAUUGAUAUGGAAUUAAAAUUACCAACAGUAGAAAAAACUGAAGUAUUAGUGGAAGUUAAAGCUAUUUCAGUUAAUCCUAUAGAUACAAAAAUCAGAGCACCAAAGCCUUAUAUUGAAACUUAUCCUAGAAUUCUUGGUUGGGAAGGAGCAGGUACAGUCGUUGCUACAGGUAAAGAUGUUAAUAUUUUUAAUUUAGUAGACGACGUAUACUUUACUGGGGACUUGCGCAGAAAUGGUUCAAAUGCCCAAUAUGUAGCUCUCGAUCAAAUAUUCAUUGGUCCAAAACCAAAGAACCUGACCUUUGAACAAGCGGCUGCUAUGCCAUUCACAACCGUUACAGCUUUCGAAGCACUUUAUGAUCGACUUUUACUUACUAAUAAAGAUAAAGGUAAGUCGCUACUUAUAAUAAACAGUAGCGGGGGAGUUGGCGCCAUAGCUACACAGUUGGCUGCUUAUUUGAAACUCAAAGUGAUUGGAACAGCUUCAAGUAUCGCAACGGAAGAAUUUUCUAGAAGAAACGGUGCACAAAUUGUGGUAAAUCAUACAACAGAUUUGCUUCCACAACUGGAAGCUAAAGGAUUUGGUAAUGGAGUUGACUACAUUUUGGUUAACGAUAAUCCUUACCCAUACUGGGAUGUCUUAAUAAACGCUAUUAAACCUAAAGGGAAAAUAUGUAUCAUUGUUGAAAAUAGUGGAAUGGUAGACAUAAAGCCACUUAAAGACAAAAAGGUAACAUUAAUGUCCGAGAUGAUGGCCACAAAAAUGAACUAUGAUAUCAAAGACAAAGGUAGACAUCAUGAGAUUUUAAAGAUUGCAUCCAAAAUGUUCGACAAUGGUACACUAACGCCGACUCUCACAAAAACAUUGGCACCAAUUAACGCUGCCACUUUACGAGAAGCUCAUAGACUUAUAGAAGAAAAACGUUUACUUGGAAAAUUAGUUCUAUCAGGAUUUUAAAAUAAUACACAAACAUAUUUU